AUUGAGAAACAAGUGACAAAAGGUGGGCCCUUUCAUGGGAAUAAUGGUUCAGUAAAUGGUGUUUUAAUGGUUGGUGAGACAGUGGCAUGUAAUGUAAAUUUGCAUGCAUCUAGGGUUGAUUUGGAAUGGGAAAAUGGUUUUGGUUGUGUUACCCAGGAGAUUCAAACACCAAUUGUAGGACAACAUACUAGAAAUUGUGCACAAGCACGAGGAAGAACUAAAGAAGAUGUGAACAGUGGUGAUGAGUAUAUUGAUGUUCCUUGGUUAAUCGACAAUGAGGAUGAGGAGUGGCAAGUAGCAAGGACUCCAUACAAGGAUAAUGUUAAGUUAUAUGGAGAUGAGGUUGAUAUAGAUGGGGCUUUAUUUGAUCCAACUGAAGCAUUUGUUGAUGAUGGCCUCAGUGACUCAAUUGAUUCUAAUGAUGAGGUUAGCUUUGUUACAACUAGUGAUGAUAGUGAGGCAGAGGAAGCAAGAAGAAGAUUAGAGCUACUGAAGAAGAAUCCAACUUCUACAUUCAAGAUUGAUGCAAGGAGUCCUACAGCAAAUUCUAAACCUGUUUUCUUACGCUUUUAUGUCUGCUUUGCUGCAUUGAGAGAAGGGUUUAUAGCUGGUUGUAGAUCAAUACUUGGUCUAGAUGUUGCUUGGGCCAUUGUGGAGGGUGAAAGCACAAGCACAUGGACAUGGUUCUUGGAGUUUUUGAAUCAUGAUCUCAAAAUUGGUGAUGGAGAAUAUUAUACUUUUGUAUCUAAUCAACAAAAGGGGAUGAUUAAUGCUAUCCAGAAUUUGUUCCCAAAAGCACAUCAUAGAACAUGUGCUCAACAUAUUUAUGCAAAUUUUAGAAAGGAACACAAGUGUAAAGCAUUGCAAAGAUGGUUUUGGAUCACUGCCAAAUCAACAAAUGAAGCUGAAUUGAAGAGGAAUCUUGAGGAGCUCAGUAAAUUGAAGCCUGCAGUAAAAGAUUAUGUGGUGAAGCUGGACCCAAAAGUCUGGUGCAAGGCAUUUUUGGAUACCUAUGCAAGAUGCAAUGUAAUUGACAAUAACAUGACUGAAACUUUCAAUGGUUUCAUUCUAGAUGCAAGGCAUAAGGGUCCUCUUUCACUGCUAAAGGAUCUUAGAAGAAAGUCCAGCAAAAGGAACAUUGGAAAGUUGGAGUUUGCUAAUAAAGAGUUCAAAGGGAUGCCUGAAGUUGAUCCUCCAAUUCCAAAAAACACACCAGGAAGGCCUAAGAAAAAGAGGCGUUUAGAAGAAUGGGAAAACACUAGUGGAUCAACCUUGAGUAGAAAGGGAAGGGUAAUGACUUGUGAUGCACCAAAUACGCACUACUUUUAGGCAAGUGAACCUAAUCGAUUAUGCAGUAUAAGAUGAGUAAGAUAUCGUUCCCUCGAAAACUAUCCUACACUACCAAGACCCUAUUAAUCUAACCUA